AUGAGUUGUGGAAAUGAAUUUGUGGCAACGCUAAAAACAAUUGGGUACCCCAAAGCUGACGCUCUGCACGGAGAGGACUUCGACUGGCUCUUCGAGGCCGCCGAGGCCGCGGCGUUCCUGCGGUGGUUCUGCGGGGCGGUGGGCGAGCAGAACGUGCUGCGCGCCGACGAGCUGGCGGCCUGGGGCGGCCUGCGGCGCUCGGGCCAGCCGCUGCUCGACGGGGCGGCCCUGGCCGAGGCGCUGGCCACCCGGCCGCCCGGGCCGCCCGAGCGCGGGCAGCGCGGGGAGCUGCGGGACGAGCUGGCGCGCCUGCGGGGGCUCGGGCAGCUGCUGCGGCGGCGGCGGGCGCUGGCCGGGGCGGCCGGGGGCCUGCGGCUGGGCGCCCUGGAGGAGGCGGCCGCCCGCGGGCUGCGGCAGAGCCGGGGGCAGCUGCACGCCGCGCACAGCGCGCUCCGCGGCCAGCUGCAGGCCUGUGCGGGCCGGGCGGCCGGGCUGCUGCGGUUCUUGGGACAGUCGCAUCUCUUGUCUCGGCUUCCCCUGGAACAGUAUCUGAGCCGAGAGGAGCAGAGCACGGCGGCGCUGACGCUCUACACCAGGGAACAGUUCUUCGACGGCGUCCAUGAGGUCGUCCAAAGCUCCAAUGAAGAGAAUUUCCAGCUGUUGGAUAUGGGGGGCCCCGCCGAGUGCGGCGACCCGGAAGGCCUGCAGGGCAGGCGGCUGCAGCUGGCGAGGCUGCAGCUGGCAUACAUCUGUGCCCAGCAUCAGCUGGUCCACCUGAGGGCAGGGCGUUCGAGGCUGGAGUCGAGUGUCAGCUGGGCGGAGGAGCAGCUUGGUCGCCCGAGCGGAAAGGCUGUUGGCAAAGAAAACUUGCGUGCUACAAUUUCUAGCUUAAAAGAUGAGAUUCUGAAACUUGAAGAACAAAUCAUUCAUAUAAAAGAUAAAAGUUUGCCUGCUGUGAUCAAAGAAAAUGCCCAGUUGUUGAAUAUGCCCGUUGUAAAGGGAGACUUUGAUUUGCAAAUUGCUAAACAAGAUUAUUACACAGCAAGACAAGAGUUAGUUUUAAAUCAGCUGAUAAAACAGAAGGCAUCAUUUGAGCUUGUGCAGUUAUUGUAUGAAAUUGAAUUGAGAAAGCAUUGGGACAUGUCUCGUCAGCUCGAAAGUCUGGUUCAAGAACUGAGGCAGAGUAACUUGGUGCUGUGCCAGCGACUGGAGCUGUUCACAGACCCCGCAGUCUCUCAGCAGGGGAACCCAAGAAACACCAUUGAUACCAGGGAUUGUUCUUCUCAUAGGCUUUAUCAACUUCUAGAGAGCGAGAACAGGAGAAUAGAAUUGUUUAUAACGCGUGGGAACCUGGAGGAAAUGGCUGAGAGACUGAAACAGGAGGUGUCGUCGCUGCGUGAGGAGUUGGCAGUGACAGCUCAGGAACAUUCAUCCCUCUUGUCCACGCUGAACCGUGACGUGGACAUGCUGUGUGAGGCUCUGUAUCGAGGAGGGAAUCGGCUGCUGCUCAGUGAUCAGGAGUUGGUAGAGCAGUUUCACCAUGUUGGAUCUCAACUCAGUCAGCUAAAUCAUCUCCUUACUGACGUUCUUGCUGAUGUGAAGACAAAGAGAAAAAUGCUGUCAUCCAAUAAGUUACAUCGAAUGGAAAGAGAGUUGUAUGUGCAUUUUUGGAAAGAUGAAGAUUAUCUGAAAGAGAUCGUGGAGAAUUUAGAGAAUCAGUGCAAGGCUCAGGCUGCUCUGCAGGGCUGAGAUCCGGGAGCUGCGUCUGCCGCACACACUGCCUCAAUGUCCUGUGUGCUGGGGAAGACAUGUAAUAAAUACAUUUUAAAAUGCA